AUGCUGUCGCUCAUUCGCGAGACUGUUUUCGGCCGCCUCCUGAGACUUGCUACUAGCAAACGCUUUCUCCGAUUCGAGGAAGAGGUUGAUCCUGCGCUGUGUGUCGCUUUUUUGACCGGUUCGAGAAAGCAGAGUCGGGAUGCACACUCCCACGAAAGUCCGGCUUCUGGAGACGAAGAGGCCAAGCAAGUGAGAGAGAAAGAAGAGAGGCCAACGAACCAGAAAGAUGUUUCAACAGCCGACGGAAAAAGCAAACAGGUCCUAGUCGACUGGUAUGGGCCUGAAGAUCAAGAGAAUCCCAGGAACUGGUCCGAAGCUAAGAAGUUCUUCGUUACGUUUGAGAUCUGUUUCCUCACAACUGCUAUAUAUUCUGGCUCAUCAAUCUACUCUCCAGCUGUUCCAAAUGUCGCGGAGACAUUUGGCGUCUCGAACACCGCCGCUGUCCUUGGCCUCACCUUGUUCAUUCUGGGAUACGGGCUUGGCCCGAUGCUAUGGUCGCCCAUGACCGAAGUACCUUUCAUAGGACGGGGUCCGAUAUACAUUGGUACACUGGCAUUGUUUGUUGCACUGCAAGGUGCUACAUGCACUGCCCGCAGCUAUGGCGCCUUGAUGGUCUUAAGGUUUCUCACCGGGUUCGUCGGUUCACCAGUUUUUGCAACCGGGGGUGCAACAUGUAUCGACAUGUACAAACCGUCGAAGUCAGCUUACGCGAUCUCGAUAUGGGGCAUUUCGGCGGUCUGUGGCCCAGCAGUCGGUCCAAUUGUUGGUGGGUACGUAACAGAAUAUGGACCUAUCAAUGGAACAUUCAAAGCUCCAUGGGAGUGGCCAAUGUAUACUUUGCUUUGGCUCAGCGCGGCUUGCUUGAUCUUGCUCUUCUUCUUCCUGCCCGAGACAAGCUCCAGCAACAUCCUUUUUCGUCGAGCGCAGCGACUACGCCGAGCUCAGGCGUCCGACCAGAUCCCUGGUGAUGUCGAGCUGGUGAGUCAAGGGGAGCUUGAUGCUGCUUCUAUGGAGACAUCUGAGAUCGUGAACAUGUGCCUCGUCUAUCCCUUUACACUGAACUUUACGGAACCCAUGGUGCUUUUCUUGAACCUCUACACUGCGCUCAUAUAUGGUCUUCUUUACAUAUGGUUCGAGUCUUUCCCCAUUGUCUUUGUGGGGAUCUACGGCUUCUCCCUCGGACAACUUGGAUUGUCUUUUCUUGGCCUCUUUGCUGGGAUCGUUGUUGUCGUCCCACCAUUUUUCUGGUGGCUACGAAAAUACAUAGAGCCCCAGUUCGACGAAACUGGGCGGAUUCUUCCCGAGAAACGUCUUCCAGCCUGCUGCGUCAGUGCUUUCGCCAUCCCAAUAUGCCUCUUCUGGUUCGGAUGGUCCGCAAGACCUGACGUCCACUGGAUUGUGCCUAUCAUUGGGACUGCCUGGUUCUCCUUGGGAGCAUUUCCAUUGUUCAACUCGAUCUUGAGCUAUCUCCCUGACGCCUACCCAAAUCAUGCGCCAAGUGUUUUUGCCGGCAACGAUCUGUUCCGCAGCUCGUUUGGCGCACCAUUCCCACUCUUCGCCGGGGCAAUGUAUGACCAACUUGGUGUUGCGUGGGCAAGCAGUACACUGGCGUUCAUAAGUAUAGCCUUCAUCCCCAUCCCAUUUGUGCUGUUCAAGUAUGGCCCCACGUUGAGGAACAAUUAUAGCAAGAUCGCUCGGAAGGACAAUUGA